CAGUUGGUAUUUAGUGUGACAGAGGUCGUUGAAAGAACUGUCUGUAAUAAAACCGUCACUUUACCUUGCCAUGUGACUAAUCUGAAGGAGAACAAUACAUAUGCCAUGUUUGUUACAUGGAAAAAACAAGGAAAAAUAAUUUUUUCUUUUGAUGGAGCAACACAGGCCUUUUUCAAAGAUCCAAUGGUUCCAUCAGCUGACUUAGUAUCUCAGGCGGAUUUACCCAAGGGUAUUGCCUCUCUAAAGCUUAACAGUGCAGAAGCAGAAGAUGGAAAUUACAGUUGUAAAGUAACAGAAUCAAGCAGAGAAGGAGAAACAAGAGUUGAACUUAGAAACCGCUCAGUUGUCAGUUGCGACGAGGAAAGUACUUCAACACCAAAGGAAAAAUGUGGAUCAUGGUUUCUUCUACUGCAUAGGGCUAUCAUCAUAGCGUUGCUGUUCUUAGUUCUUGUUUUGUGUUCGGCUCAGUUAAGUGUUAUUGCAUUAAAAUAUGAGAUUGUACCUCAGAAGAAAAUGGGCAUCAUUGUAGCAGGUAUCAUCUUCACAGUUGCUGCUGUUGUAGGCACCGUUCUUUUUGUCCAAGAUGGCUAUACCGCACAGAAUCAAGCUGGUCUUGGCCUAAUUGUAGUCCCUGCUGUGAUUUUGGUACCGUUGCAAUACUUCAUGUUUGGAAUAGUUUUUGAUAGUCUACCACAAGCAACAUUUGCUCUGAUAGGUUUGAAAAUUCUUGGUUACAUAAUUGCUGUGGUUGGUUUUGCCCUGUCUGUCUCAGCCUGUCCUCCGUUGCAUGGGUCUGUUGUGAUUGCUGGCUUAGCUAUUAUGGCUAUUGCAAGUUUGCUUAGUCUGGCUUACGUGUUUAUUAUGGGUUCCAGAAUGAAAGAUCAUCCUCGUCCAGGGAAAGCUGUAGAAGAACCACUAAAUGAACUGUAG